AUGGUUAAGGCGCGUGCCGCGAUCGUGGUAAAGCACGCUGUGUUCAAAAACAAAAAAUAUCUCUCUCUCUCUCUCAACUGUAACGAUUCUCCGCGUCUCGAUGCUUUGACCGCAACUCAAAGCGCUCCUCGAGCGCCUCAAAAAGUGAAAAGGAAACGUCCAUAUAUAUAUAUAUGUUUAGUUCUAACCACCACUGCCACCGACAUUGAGAGGCCGGCCGCACCUCCGCGGCGCCGAGCUACACGACUGCGGCACUGUCCAGGCGUCACUACGCGGGACUGCGCGUUGUGUUGCCCGGCUCCGCGGCGCGUCUCCAUCUCUGUGUGCUAAACUGAGAAGACGCGGGACCUGCACCGGCAGCGGCGCAUGGAGCUGCAUACACACCUGCUCGCCGGUCGCUGCCUGUGCACGCGCCUGGCUCUCUCGGAUGUCGUAGUGGGCUCCAAAAAGUAAGAAAACAAAAACCCCGUUAAUGCUUCAAAGGUAAAAUGCUUCCGUAGCAGGUCGAAGGACAGAGGUCUCUGUAACGCCUCAAAGGAUAAAGGACAAAUUUUUCGCUGACGUUUCGAAGGACAAAGGACAAAGGAUAAAGGUAUCCACGCAAAAGG